GUUCAGUUAGUUGGUGCCGCGGCUCCACGACCUCCCGACCUCCCUAAUAUCCCUUCCGGAUCAGCGCUUCCCACCAGCACUGGGCGCGCACCGAGACAAGCAAUCUACAGCUCGACGCUCGUCGUGUCCUACGCGACGGGUUCGUGCCACUAAGGGACUUGGAGCGCCGACGUUAUACUGCGACAUUUAUUCAUUUGCCCAGGCGUCACCUGGGUGUUGCUCGGUUCCGCCAGGUUCCGCUGGGUCUGCUUGUUCAUCGACAGGGCCAUUCGUGGGGCCAUUGGGCGGGCGCUGUAGCCCUUCAUCCCCGACUGCAGCUGAAAGGCUAGAGCUGAGAGGACACCAGUAGACUUGUCUUACUACGCUAGCACUACCUGUAGACACCAUUCAUGUAUACUACUGACGUAGUGACGUCGGCCUCGUUCGUGACCAAGCUAUCGUGAGUUGUGAAACGAAGACCCAUCAAGGCCUGCGCGCGAAGCUCUCUAUAGUUUCCAUUUGUGACUAGUUUAAGAGCUAGUGGUCGUUCGUCGUGACCGCGGAGUUAAGAGGAGCCCGAAUUCCUCCACGGCUUGAGCGUCUCAGUCAACGUCGGCUGGACGGCAGCUUGCUAGUUCAGGGGCGUAGCGCUUGGCCGCCUGACAGAGUCUCUUUGAUAGAUGGCGUCUUGUGCGCACAAUGUGCUGGCAUCGCUUGGGUCUCCAAGCAAACAGGGCGCGCCUCGGACCCACAUUUGCUCGCCGACGUUUCGGCGAGAGCGCUCCACCACAGCCACAGCAGCCCUGCCAUUUGGAUUUGGUGCAUUUGGCUUUGGAAACCAAGCAAAUGCGGGAGCUGCAGGUGCACCAGGUUCCCCUGCCCCAGACAGCCGUGGGCACCGCUUACCGGAGGGCUUCGAGAGCAGUGGCUCAGCAGUGAGCGGGCCAGCCAUCACUGCGGCCUCUGCCUCUGUCCAUUCGCCCGGCUCACCACAUUCAGCUACCGGUGGGGCUCCUGCGGCUUCUGGGGGCGCUCGCCGUCGUCUGAGCCUCCCGCCGCUCGCUGCCGCCGCCUCCAGCGCAAUGGCUGCAGCCCCCGCCGCGCCCUUCUUCGGGAGGGACAGUGACAGCGAUAAACUCCUGUCCGACCAGCACCGGGUUGCCGGGGAGGGCGGCAGCACGCACCGCGGACUUAUGGGCAUUGUGUUGGGGUCAGGCACGAGCGUUGCCGGCGCGCUGCAAUCGAAACAACGACUGCACGAGCUGCUUGCGGAGGUGGACCUGCGGGGCCUGCUGCCCGGCCUCAGCCUGGGCCCGGACACCUCAGACCAGGCUGCCCUCCUGCCGCACAGCGCCAGGGGUGCGGCAGCUCGCCAGCCUCACAGCCCACACACCUCCACCUCCUCUCAGCACCGGGGUGUCGACUUGCUGCGGGAGCACCGGCCCAGUGCCGACCUGGCGCAGCGGCGGCAGCGGCUGCUGGAGGCGCUACACAGCUCACUGGCGGCGGCGCCACUCGGACAGACGGGGGUGGCCGUGCCGCUGCAGGGCAUGCUGGUGGGCGGCAGUGGCGGCAGUGGAUGCGGCCACUGGCGGCGGUCUGAGCUGCUGGCGGGCACUGUGUUGCCGCGCGUGGUGGACUUCCUCACGGACGAGCUGGCCCUGGCGGUGCCGGCCGCGGGCGGGCCGGGUGCCGCCGCUGUGUCGGCGGGGCUGCUGCCCAUGCGCGGCAUCACCAGUUCCACUGCCAUGGCGCUGGAGUGCCUGUGCACGGUGUUUUCCGAGGAGCUACCAGAGCUCAAUGCCGCCGCCCAUGCCAGUCACAAUGCCGCGUCCUGUGACAGCUGGCGGGCGGCUGUGACCACUGUUGUGGCUGUGCUGGCGGCGGCCCGGCUGCCGGCGGCCACGGCCUGGGGCGCCGAGCAGUCCUACUGGAUCCCCUCCGUGCCCUCGCCCGCCCCUGUGUCGGCGUCGCAAUCGGCCUCCAGCGCUGUGGACUGGGGGCUGCUGGCAGGACUGGCCAGUGACAGCCGCGUGUCGAGUGCCACUGCGCCAGCAGGACUGGGUGACGCCGGCGCAGACUGCACCGCCGACGCCGCGGGCUGGAGUCCGGACGUCAGCGCGGCCUUCUUCGCGGCGAGUGCACUGGUGCGGCUGGCCAGGUACCCGCAGCUGGCGGCGGCGGCGGUUGAGGGCGGCGCGGUGGAAGCGGUGGUGCGGUUGAUGGGCUCGCGGCCGGCUAUGCUGGCCCAGAUGGCCGUGUUCGCCGCCUACAAGCUGCUGAGGGGACCUGCGGCCGCACCGGGGGCGCAGCCGUCGUCACCACGGGGAUCACCCUCCCUCGUCGGCAGUGACGGCAGUGCUGGAGCUGUGGAGUCAGGCGUGGGCUCUGCCUCUGCCGCAGCUAGCGGUGGCCGUGAGGCUGCGCUGCUGGCCAUGGCGCAGGCGGGGGGUCUGGGUGCGCUGUGCAGCUGCCUGCGGGACCUGCCCGACCGGCCCUCGCGCGACAUGGCCUCAUCGCUCAUGCUGGACAUGGCGCUGGUACCGCAGGUCCCUGCAGUCGUGGCCCGACUCAGCCAGGUGCUGCCGCUGGUGUCGGUGCUGGGCGACCGCCGCGCGGAGGCCGCCACCCGCAUGUACGCGCUGCUCGUGCUGGCGCGCCUGGCCAACCAUUCCCCCGAGUGCCAGAUGGACGCAGUGAGGGAGGGCGCCAUUGGGCCGCUGUUGGCUCUGGUGCGGCGCGGCAGUGAGGAGGAGCAGACACACGCCUGCCGCCUGCUGGCCAUACUGGCGCAAGCGGUGCCCACACACGGCCGCUUUAAGGAGUUGGGGGUGGUCCAGAACGUGCUGCCUCUUCUUCGCGGCAGCCGCGCGCACGCACCGCACGGGCCGCUUAGGGUUGGCGCUAGUGGUGGCGGCAGCCCGUCUUCAUCCCCCGUGGGCGGCAGCCAGGGCUCGGUCCACACGCCGCUGGUGUCGGAGCACGCGGCCAGUGUUGUGGCUGUGCUGGCGCAGAACCCCGACAUGCACUUCCACGUGGUGGGCGUCGGUGCGGUGCCGGCACUCGUGCCGCUACUCAGCGCAGGCUCCGAGAAGGCGCGCACGUACGUGCUGGCAGCUCUGAUGCUGCUGUGUGAGGGCGAAGAGCGGCACGCGGCAGUGGUCGUCCGGGCGGGGGCGCUGCCCACAUUGGUGACGCUGGCGGGAGGCGCGAGUGCGCAGGAAAGCGCCGACGGGGGCUCCGGCUCCAGCCACUCGGCCAGCUCGCGCCGCGCCACACACGCCCAGGAAUUCUCGGCAGCGGUGCUGUGCUGCAUGUCAAGAUACGUGGACAUGCAGGAGGAGCUGUUGGCCCACGCCGCGGUGCCCGCCCUGGUGAGCUGCCUGGCUGCGGGCGGGGUGGACGCGGCAGUGCACGCGGCGGAGGCACUGGUGCAUCUGGCAGGCGGCGAGGCAGUAUGCAAGCGCAUGGUGUCUUCGGAGCCGGCUGCUGCUGCCAUGGUGGUGAUGCUGCUGGGCGCCGAGAAGCCCUCAGCGCGGUACUGGGGCUUGCAGCUGCUGCGCGUGAUCAGCACCGAUGACACCGCACUGGGGCUGUUGGUGGGGCUCAGCCGCGAGCAGGCCAGCCGCUACGGCAGUCCCAGCGGCUGCGGCAGCGGGAUGGCCGAGCUCAGGCCAGGCGCGGGGACUGGCAGCCGCAGCGGUGGCCUGAGGCUCCGUGGCGGCCAGCUGCCAUUUCCUUGGUCGGGAAUUGAUGAUGCAAUGCCGAUGGGACCGCCGGCUCCCGGCAGCUUGGUGUUUGGAAGCCCUUUGCUGUAUGGGGGGCAGCAGCCUGGCGAUGCAGCUGCGAAUGCGGAGGCGCAACGACUGCUGGCGGGGCCGCUCUCUGUGCUGUUGGGGCCCUUCGCUUCAGGCUCCAGCACAUCAUCAUCCGCGGUCAGCUGGGCGGAGACCGGCUCCGCGCAGGCUGCAGCCAGCAACGCCGAUGCGUCAAACGUGGCGCCCAUGUCUGAGCCGGCCGGCCCUGGGUCAGCUGGAAGCGGUGUACCACUACCGCCUGCCCUUGCUGCGCUUGAGCCAGUGCCAAGCCCACCUGCCGGGGUCAAGGUGGUUGAGGCUCUCGUGCGGCUACUUAGCUGGAAGGACGGCGGCUCUAGCUGGCAGCAGGGUCGCUGCCGUGUACUGGCUGCGUGGCUGCUGGCGCGCAUGUGUGACCACCCGCCUCUGGCGCCCCUGGUGCUGGCGUCUGGUGCGGUACGGGAGCUGGCAGGCAUGUUGGCGGAGGAGCAGCAGCGCGCCGCGGCGCUUGCAGCUGCAGCGGCGGCUGCAGCAGUCGAGGCGGCAGCUGCGGGCGAGCUGCCCGAAUCCAAAUCCGGGGAGCUGACCAUCCCGCUGCUACCGGGCGAGGGUGACGGCCUGGGCCUGAGCGAGUCCAACGGCAGCAUCUUCCACCGGGGCGGCAUGGAGAUGGCCGACGGCGGCGCUGGGGGCAGCAUGGGGCUGGUGGACGCUGGGGGCCCAGGGAUGAAUGCAAGGCGCGCGCGGUUCGACAGCAACGCCGCGGCGGCCUCGGAGGCGGCUCUGUUGGCUGUCUGUCGCAGCCUGGGAUGGCAGGGGCGGCAGGCGGUGAUGGGCGAGCUAGUGAUACGCCAGUGGCUGGGGCAGUCGUUGCGGCUGAGCGGGUUUUAGUACGGUGUCCAUACACUGAACACGCUGAUGCAUGUUGAGACAGUUAAGCACAGAGCCCAAUCAACGUGAAGGCCAAUAAGUCUGCCGAUGCACGCUGUCCAUACGUCACACGCAAAGAGUUGAGCGCGGGGUGGGCUGGGUCGAGGGGAUUUCGAUGGAUCCCGCGUGUGACCGAAGUCUCAGAACAGGACCGCUGAUGGCACAGCGUGAUAGUGCUCGUCAAGAGGAGUCGAUUGGCACCACUUUGGAAUUUAAUGCAGGGGGUUUAACCCCUAAACAACA